CAAUCUACUUUAUUUCUCAUUCACUAAUUUAGAAAAUAAUUAUGUCCAAGUAUUGUUAAUACGUGUAAUUCACUUUUCUUCAGAUUAUUUAUUUAACUCUAAAAAUGUUUCAUUAACUUUAUUACCAAGAUAAGUUUAAUAAUCUAUUUAAUUUAAAGUUAUAUCGUAGAAACUGAUUAUAAUUUACUACUGUUAAAUUAAAUUGUUAAUAAUUAUGGAUUCCUACUAGGUAAUAUGACAUUGCUAUAUUGUGUUACCCUUUAAAAAAUAAUGCAAAAAUUAAAUGUUGGAAUUACUAUGAAUAAAACUAACGGUAAGAUGGCGAAAUCAGUAUUUCUCAACAUCUAUGACAUAGCAGCAUAUCCUAACUAGCAUAAAAGUCUAUUACGGUACACUUUGUUGCUCACUAGUACUAACACACAUACUGAUUACGAAAUAAUAAGUUUAACCGACUCUAUGAAAAAACUUUUAAAAGAGUAUUCAAAUUCAAUGGUUAGUGUUGUUAAUACCUCUUCACUUUCAAAUUCAAAUGGUCAGAAAUUAACUACAAAAGUAAAAAAACUUUUUGAAUUAGUCGAUUCCUUUUGUGUUGAAAUUGAUGGUAUAAUGAAUAAUUUGAAAAAAACGCUAACUAUUGUACAUAAAAUUUUACGAAAUGUAUUAAGAGAAGAUAAUGUCGAUGUACAAAAAAAUGAAACAAGUUUGAUUGCAAAUGAUUAUGAAAAGCGAAUGAAAUGCAUGGAAGAUUAUGUCAGCGAGUUAGAAGGCCGUCUAAAAGAAUCACUUUUAUAUUUAAAUAAAACAAAGGAUGAAUCAAAACUGAAGGAAGAAAUUUUAAAUCUCAAGCAUAGAGAAAAUAACCAUUUAGUUAAAAUAAAAAGUAUGUCGGAUGAGUGGAAUAACAUUAAAAUUAAAUUUAGUAAAUCAGAAGAAAAACAGAAAUAUUCGAAUCAAGUUAUUAGUGAACUUCAGAUAUUUUCAAAUUUUAAGAGAAUAUUAGCAUUAUAUUUUAGACAGCCAAAUUGUGACGAAGACAAAAGUGCACUAAGCCUAUCUAAAGUUAGAAAACAACCUGAGUCACUCAAUGUACACGUAUCCUGCGAUCAUGAAGGAAGCGGAAUAGGAAAUAAAAUAAAUCCCGUACCACAUUUUUCAAAUAAAAAAAAAUGUUCAUUUAAACAAAAUCCAAUGUCUUCAGGUUUUCAACCUAAGGCGUACAGUACUCCGUUGCCACGAAAUUUAAAGAAUAAUAAUUGUACCAAAAGAAGGAGUCCUUCGGAUUUCCCUGUUUAUAACAAAGCGUUUACAAGUUAUAAAUGUACACAAUGUUCGAAUAUAAAUACUAAAGAUAAAGGGUCGAUGAUUUCAAAGUCUUUCUGCAAAUCGUGUACAAGUAAUUUUCCAAACAUUAAAAAAUGUGAAAUUCAUAAUCGUGAUGCAUAGUGUAACAUAAAUACAAUUUUAUAUCAUUAUUUUAGUAAAAAAAUUGUUUUCUUAUACAAACAUUUUUUUUGGAAUGUUUAAUAGUUAUUGACCAAUUUUAUUAUAGUGAUAGUUUUACUUAUGGCGUAAAUAAAAAAUAAAAUUACGGGAACUACGAUAAUUUUUAGGGUGUAAACUUCCUCCUUCUCGAUUCAUGUUUAUGUUGUUAAAAAUUCUACAUGGUAUUAAUUUAUACAUACAUACAUAUAUAUACACUGCAAAAAUAAACAUAUAUGUAAAUUAUAUUAUUUUAUUUAUAUCACAGUAUGAUUAAUAAUAAUAUUAUAAAGAGGUAACCCUAACAGUUUAAUAUUUAGGAUUAAUAUACAACAUUUUAGGAACAAUAAUAAUGUAUGAACAACGUUCAAUCUUGAAUGCUUUAUUCAUGAGAAUAAAUACUUUAUAAUUAAUUAUUGUUAAAGGAUUGAAAAGCACAUAACAAAAAUUAAACAUUAAUUGAAUUGAAAUUAAUAACAUUUAUUAUUUAAACCAAUAAAAUACAAUUUCUUAAACAAGUUACUAAUAAUUCAAUCGGAACAUUAACGUUACUUUUUUAAACUU